AUGUCUGAAGAAGUGACUUAUGCGACACUCAGAUUUCAAAAUUCUGCCGGAGCAAGAAAUUUCCAGGAUAGAAAUAACCUGAGGAGAAAAGGAUAUCAGAUCCCAUCUCCCAUAUGGCGGCAGGCAGCUCUGGGUCUGCUAGUUCUCUGCCUGAUACUGGUGAUGGGGUUGGUGACUUUGGGGAUCAUGUUUUUGCAGACAGAAUCUAAAAUUAAUUCAGAUUUAGAGAAAUUAAGUCAACUACCCCAAGUCAUCAACCACCACCAGGAUAUCUCAUCUCAGAUGCCAAACAACUCCAGUGACUUAUUAAAUGAGGAGAAAUCUCUCAAAGCACAGAUCUCCAGUUUGCUGAAAAGGCAGGGAAAAAUGGCCAUCAAACUCUGUCAAGAGUUCAUAACUCACAUUUCAGACCACAAAUGUAAUCCUUGUCCUAAAACAUGGUACUGGUACCAAGACAGUUGCUAUUCCUUUAUAGCAAAUGAAGAGAAAACUUGGAAUAACAGUCGAAGAGAUUGUGUGGAGAAGAACUCCACCCUGGUGAAGAUAGAUAGCUGGAAAGAGAAGGAAUUUUUGAAGUCACAAACAUUACCCCAAUAUUCUUUCUUCUGGUUGGGAUUAUCAUGGGAUCCAUUCAAUAGAAGUUGGCUGUGGGAAGAUGGUUCCAUUCCGUUUCCCUCCUUAUUUAGUACCACAGAUUAUGGCCAGAUUGAUGGAUCCCAAAGAUGUGCCUAUUUUCAAAAUGGCAAUAUUUACAUUUCUCGCUGUAGUGCUGAAAUAUUUUGGAUCUGUGAAAAGGCAGCUGCUUUAGUGAAACCUGAAGAUCUGGAUUAA